AUGGCAGCGGUGGCGGGAGGCGACACCAGGGCUCCCGGGCCGGGCCUGUCAGGGCCACACGGCAGCAGGGACCGGACCGUGUUCCUGUUCGACCGGCGCCGGGAGCAGGGGGACCCCAAGGAGAAAGUGCUGAGCUGCGACGAGGAGACCUACCGCGGCUUCCGCAGCGCCGUGUGCCAGGCAUUCUGCAUUUCUUCUGAAGAUAACUUUGUUAUCACAACAACCAAUAGAAAAGAGGUUACAGAUGACAACUUCAGUGAAAUUGUUCAAGAAGGGGUUACUUUGUAUUUGCUACAGUCAGUUGAUCAGACACUACUUUCAGCAACAAAGGAGCGAAUUGACUUCCUACCACACUAUGACACACUUAUCAAAAGUGGCAUGUAUGAAUAUUAUGCUAGUGAAGGGCAAAAUCCUUUGCCAUUUGCCUUUGCUGAGUUGAUUGACAAUUCUUUGUCAGCUACUUCUCGAAAUACUGGUAUUCGAAGCAUACAGAUAAAAUUGUUAUUUGAUGAGUCUCAAGGAAAACCAGCUGUUGCUGUGAUUGAUAAUGGAAGAGGGAUGACUUCUAAGCAGCUUAACAACUGGGCUGUGUAUAGAUUAUCAAAAUUUACAAGACAAGGUGACUUUGAAAGUGAUCAUUCAGGAUAUGUACGCCCUCCUCCAGUGCCUCGCAGCUUAAAUAGUGACAUCUCAUAUUUUGGUGUUGGAGGCAAACAAGCUGUGUUCUUCAUUGGGCAGUCUGCCAGAAUGAUAAGCAAACCUGCAGAUUCUCAUGAUGUCCAUGAGCUUUUCCUUUCUAAAGAGGAUUUUGAAAAGAAGGAGAAAAACAAAGAAGCAAUAUACAGUGGAUACAUUAGAAACAGAAAGCCAUCUGACUCUGCGCAUAUCACCAGUGAUGAUGAACGAUUUCUACACAAUCUCAUAAUGGAAGAAAGGGACAAGAAGAGUUUCACUGCGGUUGUCGUUACAGGUGUACAACCAGAUCAUAUGCAGUACUUGAAAAACUAUUUUAAUCUUUGGACAAGGCAAUUGGCACAUAUCUAUCAUUACUAUAUCCAUGGACCAAAAGGAAAUGAAACUAAUGCUACAAUGAAAGAAGCUGGACCUUUCAACAACAUUGAUAUUGAGAUUUUGAUGUUUGAAAAAGGAAAGGUACCUAGGAUGGUCAACCUUAGAGAGAUCAAAGAUGACAUGCAGACAUUAUAUAUAAAUUCUGCGGCAGAUAGCUUUGAGUUUAAGUCACAUGUUGAAGGAGAAGGUAUAGUGGAGGGCAUCAUCCGCUACCAUCCUUUCUUAUAUGAUAAAGAAACAUAUCCUGAUGAUCCAUGCUUUCCAUCACGAUUAAAAGAUGAUGAUGACGAUGAUGACUGCUUUGUGGUAGAAAAAGGGGCCAGGGGAAAAAGGCCUAUUUUUGAAUGUUUUUGGAAUGGAAGGUUAAUACCAUACACAAGUGUAGAAGACUUUGACUGGUGUGCUCCUCCCAAGAAGAGAGGACUUGCACCAAUUGAAUGCUACAAUCGAAUUUCUGGGGCAUUAUUUACCAAUGAUAAGUUUCAGGUCAGCACAAACAAGCUUACUUUCAUGGACCUGGAACUGAAGUUAAAAGAAAAAAACACUCUUUUUACAAGGGUCUUCAAUGGACAGGAGCAGCGAAUGAAAAUUGACAGAGAAUUUGCUUUGUGGCUCAAAGACUGCCAUGAGAAAUAUGACAAACAGAUAAAAUUCACACUGUUUAAAGAAAUAAUUACACGUACUGACUUGACCUCCAAAAGAAUGCAAAGUCCUUGGGCUACAUAUUCUGCAAUAGAGUGGGAUGGGAAAACGUACAGAACUGGACAGUUGGUGAAAACAAUUAAAACUCUUCCAAUAUUUUAUGGAAGUAUCUUGAAAUUUUUUCUAUAUGGAGAUCAUGAUGGGGAUGUGUAUGCUACAGGAGGAGAGGUUCAACUUGCUCUGGAACCUCAAGCAUUGUAUGAUGAAAUAAAAAUUAUUCCAAUCUCAAAACUUGACAGAGCAAUGUCUGAAAAAGUUGUUAAAAAAUACAUUGAAGAUGAAAUGGCAAGACUUCCUGAUAGAUUGUCAGUAACAUGGCCUGAAGGAGAUGAGCUGUUACCAAAUGAGAUCAAGCUUGCUGGUACACCAAUAGGAGCAUUAAGAAUUGAAAUAUUGAAUAAGAAAGGAGAGGCAAUGCAAAAACUUCCAGGUACAAGCCAUGGAGGGUCAAAGAAACUGCUUGUUGAACUAAAGGUUAUUUUGCACUCUCCUGUUGGGAAUAAGGAAAUCAUUUCUCACAUUAGUCAACAUGGGGGUAAAUGGCCUUACUGGUUUAAAAAAAUGGAAAAUAUUCACAAACUUGGGAGCUACACACUGAAACUGCAAGUCGUGUUGAAUGAAAGUAAUGCAGACACUUAUGCAGGAAGGCCUCUACCAUCUAAAAUGUUUAAAUUUAAUAUUGUAGAGGGGAAACCAGAAAAAUUUUCAGUGAGUCUUUUGGAUCCUCCAUUUCGAGUUGGAGUACCUUUUAAUAUUCCUUUGGACUUGCAGGAUGAAUUUGGUCAUCCCACACAGCUGGCAACUGAUAUUGAGCCAAUUCUUGAAGCUAGUGGUUUGACUUUACAAUAUGAAGAAAUAAGUAAAGGAACAAACUGCGUCAUUAAGGGUGUCACUGCUACAGGCCACGUAAACAAUUACCUGGGCAAGAAUUUCAAUCUGAAGGUUAUUCUUCCUGGUUUGAAAGAAGACUCUCAGAUCUUGAAAAUAAGAUUACUGCCUGGCCUUCCUCGUCAAUUGAAAGUGAAACCUGAUUCUGAAAUUCUAAAGAUUGAAAAUGGGACAUCUUUCCCCUUUCAGGUUGAAGUGUUGGAUGAAGCAGGAAAUAUAACAGCACAACCAAAACUGAUAGUUCAUUGUAAGUUUGUAGGUGCUCCAAAUCUUCCUGUGUAUGCCGUGGAUUGCAGUAAUGCUGGGACAAAUAUUUUAACUGGACCAGUUUUGCAUGUACAGAAUAUAAAGAAAGACCAGAUGCUCAAAGCAAGGAUUGAAAUACCUAGUUGUAAAGAUGUGCCACCAGUGGAAAAGACUAUUAAACUGCUCCCCAGUAGCCAUGUUGCAAGACUGCAGAUUUUUAGUGUAGAAGGACAAAAGGCUAUUCAAAUCAAACACCAGGAUGAAAUUAACUGGAUUGCAGGGGAUGUCAUGCACAACCUUAUUUUUCAAAUGUAUGAUGAAGGAGAAAGAGAGAUCAUCAUAACUUCAGCUCUAGCAGAAAAAAUUAAGGUUAACUGGACACCCAGGAUUAACAGAGAGCAAAUGAUUCAGGGACUACUGCCUGAUGUGAAAGUACCAACAUCUGUAAAAGAUGUGCGUUAUUGCCUAAUUACAUUCCAUGAUGACCAUGUAUCUUUGGAGAGUGCAUUUACAGUCAGACCACUUCCUGAUGAGCCUAAACAUAUUAAAUGCAAAUUAAAAGGACCAAAUACAUUACAGAUGGGUGAAGCGCUACAAAGUGAAAUCGAUGUGAUGGUUACAGACCAGUAUGGGAAUCAGAUUCAGACCCUCUCAGCCUCUUGCAUAAAUUCCUUAGGAGUUUCUGGGAAUGGGCUGGAUAAAUCAAAUUUGAAAACUACGUGGCAGGAAAGUACACAAACCAUGGCAGUCAAAGGUAUUAGGUUUUAUCCAGGUCCUCCUGGAAGUAAAGAAUUGUGUUUUGCUUGGCGUGAAUUUUCUGAUUUUCUCAGAGUAAAUUUGACUUCAGGACCUCCAGUUAAACUACACCUUAUGGAUUGGCCAGAAUUAGGGGAGCCUAUUGCAGUAAUUAAUGGCAGAGAACUGCAGAAGCCUCUGAUAGUUCAGCUCUGUGAUCAGUGGGAAAAUCCAUCUCCUGAACCAAAUGUCAAAAUCAGUCUUGUAAAGGCUAGCAACUUAAAGAUCAUUCCUUCAAGCCAACAACAUAAAACAGAUGAAAAUGGUAGGGCUAAUCUGGGAGUAAUUAGUAUUCAUGCACCCAGGGGAGAGCAUACGUUACAGCUUAAAGCCUCAUACAACAGGAACACAUUAGAUUGCCCUAUAAUCAAGUUCAAUGUCCUGCCUGACCCUGAGAAACCUGUGUGUUUGAAUGUUAAGUAUGACAAAAAUGCUUCUUUUGCAGCAGGAAGUACCUUCCCUGAUUUUAUGGUUAGUGUAAUUUCUGAAGAUAGCAACAUUAUUAAAAAUAUUAAUCCAGGACGGGUUUCUAUGAAAAUGUGGGAAGGACAGAGCAGUGGAAACAGAGUACCAGCUAAUGUUACAACUCUUGGCUGUAGUAAAGUCAAGGAUGGCAAGGAUGAGGGCUUCUUUUACUUCAGGGAUAAAAUGAUUCCAGAGAGAGUGGGAACUUACAGCAUCCAGUUUGCUUUUGCGAUUGAUAAGACAAAUAUACUCAGCAGUGAACAGAUUGUAAUUGAAGUGGUAGCUAAUGAUCCAGUGCAGUUGCUACCAGAAUCUCUACCAGCUACUCCUGUAGUUUCUAAUGUUCGAACAGUUGCCAGCCGGACUCUGAUAAAGGAUUUAUGCCUCCAUAUAAAGGAUGAAUACAACAACCGUACAGGAAAUAAUUUGGUUGGCAAGAUAGUAGCUGCAAUUAAGAGUUCCAGUGAAGAAGAUACAGAGAUCCCAGUCUUUCAGGGGAAAGUUAAAACAAUUGAGUUUCCAUUUAACAGAGGAUCUGCUGAAAUCGUUAAUCUAGUGCUGGCAGAAAACAGCCCUGGAAGAGAUAGCACUGAAUAUAUUCUUGAAUUUGAGGCAGACUUACCAGCUUUGGCAAAACCUCUGGAACCAUACCGUCUAUCAUUUAUGUUUUACAAUGAUUUUAAGAAACAGCAGCAGAUGGCGACGCUUACAAGAGAGAGAGACGAACUAUCUAAGUCAAUAGCUUUAUACAGAAAUAUGUUUGAUACCACUGAGCAGCUUAUUACUGAAAUGAAAUAUCAGGUCCAGGAAGCUGAAACAAGACAGUCUCACCUGAAGAAUGAACUGAAAAAGCAUCAAAUUGAUAUUCCACAGACAAGCAUAUUGCAGUAUGUUGAUUCUUUCAUAAAACAAAAGAUGUUGGAGCAGGAAGGAGUAAAGAAAUCUCCAAGAAGAGCAUGUACCCUUUCAAACUAUCCCAAAGACAAUCAGGAUAUUUUAGGGAAGAUUGCACAUUUAGCACAGAUUGAGGAUGACAAAGCAGCGAAGGUCAUCUCUUGGCAUAUGGCUAGUGAUAUGGACUGUGUAGUCACCCUAACUACUGCUGCUGCUCGUCGUAUCUUUGAUGAAACCCAGGGUCGACAGCAAGUCUUGCCUCUUGAUUCUGUUUACAAGAAGACUCUCCCGGAUUGGAACAGGACUUUACCUCACUUACGAAAUGGAAGAAAUCACUUCAGACCUAUUGGAAACCCUGUAUUCGCCAGAGAUUUGUUAACAUUUCCAGAGAAUGUAGAGCAUUGUCAGAUAGUGUUCGGGAUGCUCUUAGGUGACACCAUCAUUAUUGACAAUUUGGAUGCUGCCAAUCAUUACAGAAAGGAGGUCGUAAAAAUCACACAUUGCCCAACAUUACUGACUAGGGAAGGAGAUAGAAUUCGCAGCAAUGGAAAGUUUGGAGGCCUUCAAAAUAAAGCUCCUCCAAUGGACAAACUCAGAGGAAUGGUAUUUGGAGCACCAAUGCCAAAACUUUACAGUACUCUUUCUGGACAGAUAGAUCUUCUUCAGCAAUACCGUACAGCAGUGGUCAAACUGCAUAGUGUUAAUCAGGAUCUUCAUUUACAAUUACAGUCCCUUAAUACUCCAGAGAUGCAAAAGAGAAAACAGGAGCUUGCUGAACAAGAGAAAAGUCUCAAGCUAAUAGAGGAGAAACUGGGCAUGACCCCAUCAGGUAAAGGCACUGAAUCAUUACUUCCGCUAGAAGCACUUGAUAUGUCUGACAGUCCCACUCCUCCCAAAAGAAUGAGAAGAUAA